AUGAAAAAAGACUAAGAGUAACAAAAAAAUUAGAAUAAAAACGAAGAGGAUGUUCAAAAUAUUGAAGAACCACGAACUGUCCUAAUUAAUCAACCUUUUAAUAUAUUGUAGACAUAAAAAAUUUUGGUUUUUGAAUUUAAGCCUGAUACAAUCAAUUAGCUAAAUCUAUUAAGAUUCAAGUAUGCCUUAGCCAAAAAGAUUAUCAAAAAAUCUAAUAAAUGA